CGGCGAUUUCUUGCUCCGAGUCCACUCCUCUCUGUGCUACACUCCUUGUGUUGUCACCCGAACCGGGAAUUGUCUGUACUUCAGGGACAAAGUAGUUCUACUAUUCACUGCAAUGGCACCCAAGAAGGACCCUAAGGCUCCCGCCAAGAAGGCCGAACCCGCGGCAGCACCGGCGCCGGCAGCUGCACCCGAGCCGGCCCCCGCGCCCGCAGCUCCCGCUGUCGACCUGUCCGCCGUCAAGGUGGAGUUCAGCGCAGACCAGAUUGACGACUACAGGGAGGCCUUCGGCCUGUUCGACAGGGUGGGCGACAACAAGGUGGCUUACAACCAGAUCGCCGACAUCAUGCGCGCCCUGGGACAGAACCCCACCAACAAGGAGGUGAACAAACUGCUGGGAAACCCCUCCGCUGACGACAUGGUCAACAAGAGAAUAGAGUUCGAGGCUUUCCUGCCCAUGCUCCAGACCAUCAUCAACAGCCCGAACAAGGCAGGGUUCGAGGACUACGUUGAGGGUCUGCGCGUCUUCGACAAGGAGGGCAACGGCACAGUGAUGGGCGCUGAGCUGCGUAUCGUCCUGUCAACACUGGGAGAAAAGAUGACUGAGAAUGAGAUCGACGCUCUCAUGGCAGGACAGGAGGACGAGAACGGCUGUGUCAACUAUGAGGCCUUUGUCAAGCACAUCAUGUCCGUCUAAGGACCCUUCCACUGCAGCGGUGACCAUCAUACACGUGCAGACCCCAUGGCGUCACGACAUCCACUCACUGUUUCUGGUACAUCUGAGGAAGCAGGGGGAACAAAGGACUAUGAGAUGUCAUUUCCUGAAAGCUUCUUUUGUUUUGUUCGACACUUUUUCCCCCCCUCGUAUGUCCGACUGGUGCUUUUUUCUCUCCUCCUCCUCCUCCUCCUCCUCCUCCUCGUGGGAAGCCGUCUCACGAGAUGUUCCUUUCCUCUUCUUCACACUGGUCCUCCUCCCGUCACAUUGGGUUUUUUCUUCUUCCUCUUUCUUUUUAAUCGUCACCGUUUUUCACAGUGGAACAGUGAUGGAGGGGAAGGUGGGGUAACGAGAAUCCCCUCCUUUCACUUUACUGUCCAGCUGGCCCUCCAUCUGCCAGUGAAGUGACUGAUUUGGCCCGGGACUGGCCAUCAAAAUGAAUCCGCUCCUCGCCCAACCCAGCCCUAAGUCUUAACUUAUUGUAUCCCCUGCCGUUUCACAAUAAAAUUUUCACAAACUCCCAUUUUA